CCCUAGAUAUUUGAAAAACAGGCCACAUCAGAAAAGGCCGCCUCUUUUCAAACCCAAUAUAAGAAAAGAAUCUUUGACACGUCAGCUAAACGGCUAGAAAUUUUCAAAUACUAUGGCCGUUAGAAGAGUCGUUGACGCUCCCAUUUCCUCAUUUUUCAAAACGUAGAACCACCGUUUCAAGAACAUCAGACAAGAAGAAUCCGAGAAAUAGGAAGCGAAAAUUCAUAGAUCUUUUCUCAGAUUCUUUAAAUCAAGUUCUACUUUUCAAUCCAGAUCCUCCCUACUUUAAGGUCUGAAAAUCCAAUUAAAAUCUGUUGGGUAUCAAUCAUGUCUUUCACGCCGGAUCAGCAUAGGAAAUUGGGAUCUGCGACAGCAUCCCCAUCUCCAUCUCCUUCUACGGUUCAGACACCUCGCACUGAAAGGCGGAGACUGGAGCCGAGAUGGACGGAUGGGAACCGGCAGGAUAGAGAUCGAGAGGUUAAUGUGCAGGUGCUGCUUAGAUGCAGACCAUUAACUGAUGAUGAGCAAAGGUUGAAUGUUCCUAAAGUGAUAUCGUGCAAUGAGCAGAGAAAAGAAGUAACCGUUUUGCAAAGUAUAGCUAAUAAGCAAGUUGAUAGGGCUUUCACCUUUGAUAAGGUAUUUGGGCCAAAGGCGCAACAAAGAUCCAUAUAUGACCAAGCCAUUUCACCCAUUGUUAAUGAAGUCCUCGAAGGCUUCAAUUGCACUGUUUUUGCCUAUGGGCAGACGGGCACUGGUAAAACAUAUACAAUGGAGGGAGGAAUAAAGAAUAAGGGUGGAGAAUUGCCUGUUGAUGCUGGGGUAAUUCCAAGAGCAGUCCGCCAUAUAUUUGAUGCCCUAGAAGCACAAAAGGCUGAUUAUAGUAUGAAAGUUACUUUCUUGGAGCUCUACAAUGAAGAGAUCACUGACCUAUUAGCUCCUGAAGACUGUACUAAAUUUGGGGAAGAUAGUAAGCAAAGGAAGCCCAUUUCUCUUAUGGAGGAUGGGAAGGGUGGCGUUGUUGUAAGAGGUCUUGAAGAAGAGGUCGUGUAUAGUGCAAAUGAGAUUUAUAAUCUCUUGGAACGCGGUUCAGCUAAAAGACGCACGGUAGAAACCCUACUAAACAAGCAUAGCAGUCGUUCCCAUUCUAUCUUUUCCAUAACCAUUUAUAUAAAAGAAUCGAAUAUAGGAGAUGAGGAGCUCAUAAAAUGUGGGAAACUAAAUCUUGUAGAUUUGGCAGGCUCAGAGAAUAUUUCUCGGUCAGGUGCACGAGAGGGUCGGGCAAGGGAAGCGGGGGAGAUAAACAAGAGCCUGCUCACCUUGGGGCGUGUCAUAACUGCACUUGUGGAACAUUCCGGUCAUAUACCUUACAGGGAUAGUAAGCUGACAAGAUUAUUAAGAGACUCCUUGGGCGGAAAAACAAAAACUUGCAUCAUAGCAACAAUAUCUCCCUCUCCCCAUUGUUUGGAAGAAACUUUAAGCACGCUAGAUUAUGCAUCUCGUGCAAAGAAUAUCAAAAACAAACCAGAGGCAAACCAAAGAAUGUCCAAGUCUGUGCUUCUCAAGGAUUUGUACGUAGAGUUAGAAAGGAUGAAACAAGAUGUGCGAGCUGCAAGGGAAAAGAAUGGUGUUUACAUACCGCAUGAAAGAUUUGCCCAAGACGAGGCUGAGAAGAAGGCAAUGAGCGAGAAGAUAGAACACUUGGAGUUUGAUCUGGACCUCAAAGGAAAGCAAGUUGAUACAUAUAAAAAUUUCUACAAUACCGAGCAAGAACGGAACCUAGAGUUGCAAAGUGAGCUGAGGGAAUGCAAGAUGAAUCUAAAGAACACUAACAAGGCAUUAGAAGAUCUUCAAGAGAAUCACCGGAGAAUGAUCUUGACAUUGGAGGAAAAGGAGUUCAUCAUCUCAAAUCUACUCCAUUCAGAGAAUUCUAUACUUGAACGGGCAAAGGAGCUUUGUACUGAUUUACAAACUGCAUCGGAGGAUAUAACUACUCUGUUUUCCAAAAUAGAUUGCAAAAACAAGAUGGAAACAGAAAACCAGACAUUGGUGUUGACGUUUGGAUCGCAGCUUGAACAGAGCUUAAAAGGCUUGCACAAGGCAGUUGUAGGCACGGUUUCCCAACAGCAUCAACAGCUGAGGUGCAUGGAAGAGCGUGUAGGCUCGUUCAUUGCAAGUAAAUGCGAGGCAACCAAAAUCUUGGAACAACGGAUUGAGAAAAUGAAAGAUACGCAUAUUUCAAGAAUCGGUGCCAUGAAGGAGCUUGCCGAUGCAUUACAACAGAAAGCUUCCUCAAACAUUGAGGAGCUGAAAUUAACAGUAUCUGCUCAGGCAAUGGCUGUUGAGAACUUCUUGGUCACCGUAGUUUCAGAGGCUGAGUUGGUUCUUCAUGAUAUCCAUCGUUCCCUUGCCGAACAAAAACAGCUACUGGCUUUCUCUGCUCAACAACAAGAGGAGGGACUGCAAAGGACUCUAGUAUCAACACAGGCAAUAUCAAAGGCAACAGUCGACUUCUUCAGUGACCUUCAUGGCCGUGCUUCUAAACUAGCAUCGAUCCUUGAAGAAAAUCAAACAGAAAAAUCCCGCCAGUUAGCAGAUUUUGAGAAGACAUUUCAGGAAGCAUCUGCUAAAGAGGAGAAAUUGGCGCUUGAAAAGAUUGCUGCGAUAUUAGCAAAUUUGACAUCUACCAAGAGAAAUAUGGUCUCAGAGGCAUUGGGAAACAUGAAUGCCACAAGCAUUAGAGAGAAAAAGAUGUUACAGCAAGAGAUGUCUGGCAUGCAGCAAGUUUCUACCAAUGCUAAAAAGGAAUGGAAUGCAUAUAUAGAGAAGGUAGAAAGCCAGUUCCAGGAAGAUACAUACUCAGCAGCUCGCACCAGGACUAAUAUGGAAAUCAAUCUCCAAGAAUGCUCAAAGGAAGUGGACCAUUCUAGGCAUCAGUGGGAGAAUGCUCAGCUAUCCAUUGAUCAUCUUAACAAGAGAGGCAUUGCAGAGAUAGACUCUGCCGUAGAAGAAAGCAUUCGUGAAAAUCACAAUGCACAUGAAAAAUUCGUAUCCGUAUGCUUCUCUACCAAUGUGGAACUUGAUUCCAGAGUCUCCGAUCUGCUGACCGCCACUAAACAUUCGCUACUGCUGGAUGAAGAAGCUACAAAGGAAAUGGAAUCAAUGUCAAUUGCAUGCUCAGAUCAGUUGAAAAAAAUGCAAGAAAACCACACGGAGAGCAUAACAGAGAUGAGAAACCAGGCCGACCGGUGCCUUAGAAAAGAGUACUUGGUCGACCAUGCAACAAAUAGAACCCCCGAGAGACGAGCAGUUACAGUUCCUAGCUUAGAAUCCAUUGAAGAAAUGAGGAUGCCUUCAUUUGAUAAUCUGGUGAUGACCAUGAGAUCAACAAAGAGAUCUUCGAAAGGGGGUAAUGUGGAACUCAAGCAGCAGCAACCAUCGCCGAGAUCUCCUCUCACCGCCAUCAAUUGAUUUGAAGGCAGUGCAAGCAGAUGUAUGAUAUCAAAUGGCACAAAAAUAACAAUGAAUUCAAGCAGUGACUGACAGCAUAUGUAUGAUCAAUGGAUAGAUCUUAGAUCUCCUCUCACAGCCAUCGACUGAUCUUAAAAAGGCAAAGCAGCAGCAGUGAUCGAUCCUUGCAAUCAUCAUGACAUCAAUUAGCAUGAAAACAGCGAUGAUGCGACUCGCUCAUCGAGUGUUGAUUUUUGAUUCUUUUCUUCUCUUUUUUUUUUUUUUUUAAAGUAGAACAGAGAAGAAAGAAGCAUUGGCUCUCUCAUUCAAAUACAUGAACAUGGAUUCUUGUCAUUAGAUGAUAGAUAAUGUGAUUGUCAUUACGAGAA